GACGAGAAGAUGGAGACAGGAGAAGUCGGAGCGUCUCUCGUGAUUUCAGAGCCCAAGCCGUCUCCACUGAGGCCUCCAAACAUGUUUGAGAGGCUGUUUCAGCCCUGUCUGGGCGAGCUGGUGGGAACUACUUUCUUCGUGUUUGUCGGGUGUGUGUCGGUCAUAGAGAAUGUGGAGUCCGCAGGGAGGCUUCAGCCGGCCCUGGUGCACGGUCUGGCCGUCGCCGUUAUGGUGGCCUGCAUGGCCGAGAUCAGUGGUUCCCAUUUCAACCCCCCGUUCACCAUAGGCAUCUAUCUAUGUGGGGGCAUGGAGAUGCACAUGGUGGCCCCGUACAUUGUGAGUCAGCUGGUCGGAGGGGUGCUCGGAGCUGCCAUGGCGAAGGCGAUGACCUCGAGUGAGAACUUCGCCAAAGCCCACGGGGCCGCGUUUGCUCUGCUGCAGCCCGACGGCAAGAUAGGGCGAGCCGUGUUUGGAGAGGUCGCCAUGACCUGCCUGGUCACCAUGGUGGUGCUGCUGGGGGCCGUCAACGCCAAGACCAGGAGUCCCCUGGUGCCGUUUAUGGUGGGGUGCACUGUGGUUAUCAACGUCCUGGCAGGCGGAGAUGUAUCUGGCACCUGCCUGAACCCAGCCAGAGCCUUCGGUCCGGCCAUAGUGAGCAACUACUGGGUUUAUCACUGGGUCUACUGGGUGGGACCCAUCACUGGAGGGCUAAUAGCUGCUGCACUGGUUCGACUCCUCCUUGGGGACAGGAAGAUGCGACUCAUUCUGAAAUAA